UCUCUCUUAUUGAUUACUCGCCCCGCAUCACCUCUUUUGUUGUUUUUGCUCCUUCUACAACUUCUCUGAAUUGGUACUUAAUUCAAGGUGGGCGAAAAGGAGGUGGUGUUCCAUCAUUCCGUCAUGCGCAUGGACCACGUGGUGAUAAGAUAAAGCUUCCGAACAUGCUAGACGCCGCCGAAAGUGCGAGAACAUACAGGUAAAAUCGCCCAACUUGGUGACGACAACAACGAGUGGCCUGAAGAUAUAAGGGGUCACGGGUGUUAACGUUCCCAGCCAUUUGCAUGUCUCGUAUUGAUCUUUGGAUCAAUACUUGCGAUACCCGGUUUAUACGCCAGUAGUAGACAAUGCAAGCCAGAAGGCAGUUCAUCUCAUCGGCCCGGCGCAUUGUCGGGUCAUCAUCACCGAGACCUACACGUUUAAUCUCAAGGGCCAUAUUCAGCAAGUCCCCAGCCCUCAAACACAGUGGGAAUCUCCUACCUACCAUUGCGAUUCGUACAUAUGCAAAUGGCAGACCUCACCCCCCCGGCGGCACUCACCGCAUGAACAUGGGUGGUGAGCCUGAGAAGCCGGCGCUCGAACAGUUUGGUAUCGACCUGACGGCCAAGGCCAAGGAAGGAAAGCUAGACCCGGUCAUCGGAAGAGACGCUGAGAUUCAGAGGACCAUUCAAAUCCUCUCACGCCGGACUAAGAACAACCCAGUCGUGAUUGGAAAGGCCGGCACGGGCAAGACGGCCAUCCUAGAGGGCCUCGCACUGAGAAUCGUGCGUGGCGACGUCCCAGAGAGCAUCAAGAACAAGCGUGUUAUUGCCCUGGACUUAGGCUCGCUCAUCGCGGGUGCCAAGUUCCGGGGCGACUUUGAGGAAAGGCUGAAAAAGGUCUUGACCGAGGUCCAGCAGGCGGAAGGCGAAGUUAUCCUCUUCAUUGAUGAGCUGCACACGCUGCUCGGCCUCGGCAAGGCUGAAGGGUCGAUUGAUGCGAGUAAUCUGCUAAAGCCAGCACUUGCGCGUGGCGAGCUUCAAUGCUGUGGUGCCACUACCAUGGAUGAGUACCGCUUGAUUGAGAAGGACGUUGCCCUUGCACGGAGAUUCCAACCGAUCAUUGUCAACGAACCCACAGUCCAGGACACCAUCAGUAUUCUUCGCGGCAUCAAGGACAAGUACGAGGUUCACCACGGUGUACGCAUCACUGAUGGUGCCCUCGUGGCCGCUGCCACCUAUUCCAACCGCUACAUCACCGACCGAUUCCUCCCGGACAAGGCCAUCGACCUGAUGGACGAAGCUGCGAGUCAUCUUAAGCUCGAGCACGAAUCGAAACCCGAAGACAUAAUGGCUCUCGACCAGAAGAUCAUGACCAUCCAGAUCGAACUCGAGAGCUUGCGCAAGGAGAAGGACGUGGCCAGUCAAGAGCGCCGCGAGAAGCUGCAAGCGGACUUGAAGCAGUACGAGAACGAGAUGGCUCAGCUCACAAAGCGCUGGGAGGCAGAGCGUGCCGAGAUCGACGCCGUCAAGAAGACCCAAGAGGACCUGGACAAGGCCAGGAUCGAACUCGAACAGGCACAGAGAGUGGGCAACUUCGGACGCGCCUCCGAGCUGAGGUACAGUGUCAUCCCUACCCUCGAGCAGAAGAUUCCCAAGGACGGCGAGAAGACAGGGGGCACCCUCGUUCACGAUGCCGUCACCGCCGACGACAUCGCGGCAGUCGUGUCGAGGGUCACCGGCAUUCCCGUCUCCAAGCUCACCUCCGGUCACAUUGAGAAAUUGGUACACAUGGAAGAUACCCUCCGCGAGGCGGUCCGUGGCCAAGACGAGGCCAUCAAGGCCGUCUCCAACGCUGUGCGCCUCCAGCGUGCCGGCCUGAGCGGCGAGAAUAGGCCGCUCGCGUCCUUCUUUUUCCUUGGACCGACUGGCGUCGGCAAGACGGAGCUCUGCAAGAAGCUCGCAGGCUUCCUCUUCUCGACUGAGUCAGCCGUCGUCCGCUUUGAUAUGAGCGAGUUCCAGGAGAAGCAUACCAUCUCCCGCCUCAUCGGAGCGCCCUCCGGCUACGUCGGCUAUGAAGACGCCGGCCAGCUCACCGAGGCCGUCCGUCGCAAACCCUACGCUGUCCUUCUGUUUGACGAGUUCGAGAAGGCGCACCGUGACAUCUCGGCACUCCUCCUGCAAGUUCUCGACGAGGGCUAUCUCACCGACGCGCAGGGCCACAAGGUGGACUUCCGCAACACUAUCAUCGUGCUGACGUCCAACCUUGGCGCCGAUAUCCUUGUCGGCGCGAACAUGAUGCACCCGUACAAGGAGACGGCAGAGGGUGAAAUCGACCCUUCGGUCCGCAAGGCCGUUAUGGACGUUGUCGCCGCCAACUACCCGCCUGAGUUCCUCAACCGGAUUGACUCCUUCAUCAUCUUCAAGCGCCUCGCUCUCACCGCCCUUCGCGACAUCGUCGACAUCCGCCUGCGCGAGUUGCAGCAGCGCCUCGACGAUAAGCGCAUCGUCCUCAGCGUCAGUGGUGAGGUUCGCGACUGGCUCGCCGAGCGAGGCUACGACCCCAAGUUCGGCGCUAGGCCGCUCAACCGCCUCAUUACCAACGAGAUUGGCAACGGCCUUGCCGACAAGAUCAUCCGCGGCGAGCUGCGGUCCGGUGACACAGCGGUGGUCUCUAUCAAGGAGGACAACUCAGGGCUCGAUGUGGUGGCCCAGAACAAGACAUCAUAAUAACCAAUGUAAUCAUGAUGUACGACUAUUUUGUGAUUGUUUUCCUUUCUUUUUCGGAGUAAGAGAGGGAGGGGCCUUGUGUGUACAGAGGAGAUGAAAGGCAAGAGGAAGGAUUUCCCCUCUCAUAAAGCAAGUAAGCGUUCAUAAAGAGUAGCGCAACAAUAAUCCCGGAGAUUGCACUGUAUACAGACUGUACCUGCUACAUACCCAUUAUCCCAUUGAAUAGACUACCAAUAUUAUAGCACUUACCGAUCCU